AACUAGGUUUACGCUUAUAAGCUUGUCGCACGUUUUCUCAUUCCAGUUUCCCUAAAUAAGCAUGGCUAAAGAAAAGAAGAAGAAGCUAGAGCACCAAAACCCUAGCCCUAGCAAACCCGCCGAUGAAGAAGCAGAACAAGAAGGCAAAAAUGAUACACAAUACUCCCAACAUCAAGAAAUUGACAAAGUAAAAUCCGAUAAGAAGAAGAAAAAGAAAGAGAAGCAGCUUGCCGUGACAAUUGAAACCAUCGCUGAAAACCUUAAUAAGACAUCUCCGAUUGUUGGUUACUUCUCUUCAGGUUAUGACCCGUUAAGGAACAACAACAGCAGCGCUCAGUUAUAUAGGAAUGUGAAAAGGAACAACCGGUUACAGCUUGAGCGGGGCGCAGGUGGAUUUCGUAGGGACUAAUUAUUCCGGUGAGGCAACAUCCGCUCAGUUAUGCACUUACUCGCUUGGGGUGCUGGAUAAGGAAACCCAAACUCUCAAGAUUGUACCUAUUGCUGCUAACAGGCUCACGCACACCUCGACUAUUUACCAAAUUCCUGAAGGCUUAGGUAGAUGGAAAGAAAUCGUCAUAGUGUUUUUUUGUCUCCGCCUGGAUUUGAGCCGUGGACCUCAAGGUUCUCCUCUCACUUCAUUAACCAAUUCACCACACCCUUGGGUGCAAAAAAAAGUAUUUUAUUAGUAGGAAUUAUCUCUGUUUUAGCAGACAAGGUCAAUUUGCUUUCUCUUGGCUAAUAGUCUUUGAUUGAUGAGUAAAGAAAGCUAUUUUGUUAGAGGAAUUAUCCCCAUUGCAGCAAACAAAAUUGAAGUUGAUUCAGAAGAUUUUUGGUGUUCGAUAGGUGAGUAAAAUAUAGGAUUUAAUGUUCUCUAUUACAGCAAACAAGGUAAAUGGUUCUGACGGAUAUAUGUGUGAUUGGUGAGUAAAAGAAGGUAUUUUGCUUCUUUGGCUGUGAUUGGGCAGAGUAGUUUUUGCUAAUUGGCUCCUUUUGAUCUUAUGUAGAUGCUCAAUCAGAGAUGGAAAUAUGCUUUUCUUUUCUCAAAUCCACUGGAAUGAAAAAAAUAUCAAAUCCCAGUCAAGCCAACGUAAUUAAGUAAUUAACAGAUGGUGUGGAUAUGUUAGAUUAAUACAACAAUCAUCAUAGUCCUGCUGAGAUAUUGUUAGAUUAAAACAGUAAUUACGUAAUUAACAGAUGGUGUGAAUAUGUUAUGGUACGACUCUUUUAGUUGUCAAAAUUGGAUGCCACUCGAACUUUGAUUGGGCGGAACAUUUAUUGUAAUUGAUCUGUAUCAUUUUUAUAGUUUUGGUUGAAUGAAAAGGAAAAAGGGGUGAAAUUUGUUUGAUUCAUUUCUAACACGAGAUAUGCUUAUCUCGCUCCCACCAAGAUAGGAAAUUACAAAUGAGAAACCUAGUCUUUGUUCUCCAAGAUUGUAGUUCAGGAGACAAGUAGAAUCUCUUCAUUCCAUGACUCGUUGAAAUAUCUUAAAUUUUAUGUUGAAUUAGUAGGUAGUGAUAUGUCAUGGUAGGAUCAAUUUGAUAACAGAAAAAAACAAUUUGACUCGUGUAAUUAUUAAACAGAGAGUUCUUGCUUUGCUUAACGUAGUGAUAUGUGCUUCCCUGUGUGCUAAUUGUUUGGUUAAGGCUUCUUACGAAGGAAGUUUAAGUGUGCUUACCAUUUUGAAAUGCUUAGAAACUGAAAUGGUUAUUCUACUUUACGUAAAUGCAGUUUGUUGUCUAACCAAUAGUUGUGAUAUUAUCUAGGCUAUCGCACAUCUUUGGUGAUCUUGUAAGUCCUGAUUUUAAAUAACGAUAAGCAGGCGAUGAGUGCAAUAGUUGUUUAUUUUCGAUAUCUUAUUCUCUUUUAUAUUUGCUAGCUUAUGAUUGCAGAUAAUUAGGUUGGAACCUAGAGUUAGAGGGUCAGAUGUACCGGAAAAUGAAGAUCCAGAUACGGUCAAGCAAGAACUCACUGCAGAAGAGAGGGACUGAUAAAAUGAGAGAAUUAACUCAAAUGUACUCAUCAAAGAAAUCUAUAAGACAGGCUAGGAAGCUUGAUUCCCUACGUCAACAAGAAGAUACUGGAAAUCAAGAGGAAUUUGACAGGAAUAUAGCUGGGGCAAUAAACAAUGAGGCUCUUGAAGUAGCUGUUACCACAGAUAAUGCUCGAAAUAUACCACCACAUGAUCUGGCAACCACUGUGCCGCACUUGGCAUAUCCACUGAACAGGAUUAUUCUCGAAGGAGAGUGGGACUAUCUUUUGGAUGUUUUGAAGCUCACAGAAGCUGGAGCAGAAAUGAAACCUGAUCUUUAUCCAAGCUUUGUUUGCAACAGAUCCUACAAAUUGGAACAUAUACAGAAUGAAGAGGAGAAGAGAAGGCUGGCAGGCAUAUUAUCAUACAUUACGCAUCUUGUUAAGUUCAAGGAUAAACAUUCUAUGGAUGGUGUAUCAUCUGCAAAGCAUCACAAGAUUCCUGGCAUGUUGUUCCAGAAGUUCUCUUCGAUGUUUGGUGUUCCUGAUUCAAAAAGGCUUCCGGAUGAAAACAAAGCUCUUCUUAUCAACUAUGUGUUGGUGCUUACUCUCUUCGUUGAUGAUUUUCGUAGCGAUCUAUCUGAUAUAGCCAAAGAUUUGAGAAUGAAUAUUGGAACAUUGCGGCCUCACUAUGAGUACUUAGGUUGCAAGCUUGUUCGUGAGAAACAUGUAUUAUUGGCUACACUUCCCGUUCCACUGAAAUUUCAAACUGUGAGGAGGAAGCGAAGAAGGUAGAUUCUCCUGAAAAUUUUCCUUUUAUGUUACCCUGAAAUAAAGGAAUGCUCUAUUUCUUGAGAGAAAAACAAGUAUGAACAUCAAUAAAGCUUAUAGCAACUAGUCUUCAGAACCCCAUUUUCUAUUAUACACUUGGAAAAGAGGUAAAUCUCAUAGAGUAGCCAAAUCCCAUUUUC